AUGUUCCCAGCGACUGCCAACAAAAUUAGCGCUAUGACCAAAGAUCUGGAAAAAACUAGCGUCCGCUGGGCAGGCGAAGCCAUACAGUUUGAACUGAUUCCCAUCGAAAAGCAUCAUAUGCAGUCACGAAUAUACCGUGGCUUUGAUCCGCAUGGUCCAUUCAAAUUUCUUCUCACUUCGCUAUUCAACGUGAUCAAUCCGAACCUUUGGGAAAAUGUUGUUGACGAUCGCUAUUUUGAUGAUGCUGGACUUGGUCAUACUGAGGCUGCUGAAGUGGCAUAUCAUCUAAAGCAGCCAUUCUAUUGUAAUCCUCCACCAUGGAAGGACUCUCCUAUAUGUAAUGAGUGCCAUCGACCCUCAGAGCAAUUUGGUUCUAUUCCGGUCUUCUAUCUCACAAAACAUCUAACAGAUGAUGAGGACAAAUCAAUUAAAAGGGAGAUUUACAAGGUCUACGACAAAUCUAAUUAUCAAGAGGACUCUGACGAUUGUUGGGACUACUAUGACGAUAAUCUUGAGAAACGAAAAUAUGCUCGCUUUGUGCCAUGGGAAAAGCAAGAAGAUGGAAAUUGUGAUGAUAUAUUCAACAUCCUUGUCCAAGUGGACAAGUUCCAAGGAUUGGGCUAUAUCUGUGAUCCAUUCUUUUGUAUUGAUCAGGAGUCCCCUAGGGACAAUCGCCUUAUCUUGGUUGAGCCCGAGAUCUACCACUAUGGAAAUUACGUUCAAAGUGAGGGGGAGUACUUACAAGGCAUGAUUGCGCCCACGUUAAAAGGGUUUAAAACUAUUUGA